AUGUCCGAGCAAGAUGACGUCGCCUCCGUCUCGGCCUCUCAAAAGUCGACACACGCCACAUCCGCCAUGGGAGACAUUGCCAAAGAUGGUCUCUCACCUGACCACCUUGAAUCGCUGUAUACCGAUCUGCCAGCCGACGCCACGGCACUCAAAGCUAUCGUAGGCACCAUGAGGCUCGAGCUGACCAAGAAGCAGCAAUCAAUUCUCGAACUCAAGGAAGAGAUAGAUCAAGUCAAAGCGUCCCAUUCAGUCGUUUUGCAGCGAUCUGCAGAGUGGCAGGACGAACUUGAAACGCUGAGAUUACGUGUGCCCCAGCUGGAGGAGGAGCUGCGCACCGAAAAGCAGGCAAGAGAAGCAGAGUCGGACCGCGUCAAAGACCUUCGUAUCCGAGCAGAAGAGAGUCGUCGCGCCAUCAUGAGGCUUCAAGGUGAACAGUCCGACGCGCGUGCAAAAGCGAAGAUCGACAACCGCCGCAGCUGGGUACCUGCGGCUACCAAUCCACCGCCUCAGAGGGACGAGCAGGAAGAGGCCGAGCUAAAGAAGUCCAAGCGCGCGAGCUUGAUCUUCGGUCCCAACGCUCUCAAUCUCAAUACCUCUAGACCUCCCAGCAGCACGGGUCACGUUCCUGGUCAUCGUCGCACAGCUAGUGGCAGCCGAAGCGUAUCUGGUGCGUCCAAGGGCGAGGGCGAAGAGUCCGAAGAGCCGCUAAGCCCUACCUUUGCCAAUGGUCUGCGUGGAUUGCGACUGUCGGGAACCGCAGGCACCAACGGCACAUUCGGCUCGCUCCUUGCGCCUGUCGCUCCACCGGGCGCCGACGACAAUGGAGGAUCGGCUCCCAACUCACGUCGAAGCUCUUGGCUCAGCGAGUCUGGCAGGUCGCCCCGGCUCGCUCCAGCCGACUUGCCAGACUCGACCGACGUGCCAUUCACAUCCGGAUCUCGUCUCUCGGUCCCUGCAGCCGGACCAGCUGGACACCGCUCAGCCAUGCUCAGCUCGCCCGCGCUUUCCCAGGGCGCUGCCAGCUCCGUCGGUGUCGGCUCGCCCAUCAUGGAAGACAACGAGGAGGAUGAGUCCAAUCCCAGCAUCGCUGCAACCGUCUCGAAAGCUUUACCGAACCUGCCUUCGCGAGACUCUUCGAUCAACUUCCAAGCACACGAUCGCGAGCUGCGUGCGAAGGAGGUGCAGAUCGAGCGAUUGACGCGCGAGAUGCUCGAGAUGCGCUUGACCAUGGAUGAAGCCAUCGAGGCUAGAAAGGCGAGCGAAGCGUGUCUCAAGGCGCUGCGUGAUUUCAUUGCGAGCCACGAUGCAGAGGCGGAUGCCGACGGACGGCACAUGGCGGAUGACGCGGAUCGAAUCGUGCAGGGGACCAGCGUUGGUGCUGGCCUCUUGAAAGGAGUCAAGCUGCCGCCGUUGCCCACGGACAACAUCGACGAUGACGAGGAAGCUGCGCAUCUGAGCCCUCAAAAGACAGCGGCGGGAGGUAGCGCUGCUGGUGGGUGGGGGAUGAAGCUACCCACGCUGAUGCGAAAGGCUACUUCGGCUAGCUCCAACGCGCCAACGCCGUCGGAUGAAGCCCGUGCUGGGCUGUCACCAGAGCCGGUAGGCGGAUCGGCUGCAUCACCGUCUUCUGCCGACGGCAGCUCCGCCACAAAAUCGAUCGGCUCGAGCUUUGCCGGAUUCAGCAACCUCCUCAACCGCACCGCCACCGGCACCACUCCCCACAGCGAGGCUUCCCAGCCAACGACAUCGCCGCUAUCGGAAAACGUAGUCGGAUCGCCCACCGCCGAGGACGGAGGCUCGGGAAGCGCCUUCAAAGGGUUCGGCUGGUUCAAGCGGACUUCCGUGCUGGGCACUGGCCUUCCCGCAUCCUCCACAGCAGCACCCCAAGCGGAAUCACUUGUCGAGGAGAAAGUGCUCUCACCCCCCUUCCGCUCGCUCGACCACGACCAGCUCUCCAUCUCACGUCAGAGCGUCAUCUCCCCUCCCUCCGAGCAGCAACCACGCCUCUCCACCGCCAUGACACCCAACCUGAGCAACGGACCUUCCAGCUCGACCUCCCAGUCCUCGAUCCGCACACCCAGCGCCAGCGGCUCCAACAGCAACGCCCUCGCCAUGGCGGCACGCUUCGGCGACGACGACGAGGCGAGAAGGGCGGCCGAGAGCGUGCAGAGCAGGGAGCUGGGCAUGUCGGAUCGUGCGCAGAGGGCGGCGAGCAAGACGGAGCAGGUGGAGCAUUUGACCGAUGUGCUGCCGUCGUUUGAUUGA